UUAAAUAAUCGCAUGAUGACGCGAUCGUGUGUGCGGGAUGAUCGUGAGGCGCGAAAGCAUAACUCAAUGCAUGUACUUGAGAAAAGCGAACCAGUGAUAAAGUGCAAUGAUGAUGAUGAUGCGAUUAUUAUCGAGAGAUGUGAUUAUCAUCAUCAUCAUUAUCAUGAAACAAUGAUGAAAACAACAACGACAAUGGAUGCUAUAUUGAAUCGUGAUCAAAGGACUACGAUGCAUAGGGUCUUCGACCGUAGUAUUGAGCCUGAUACCGUGUUGUCAUUGACGGCAUUAACCGCGAAUAAAUCAACAACACGAUGUAGGCCCGAUAUUACUAGAGUCAAUUUUCAUGUGCCAAAUACAAGAACAUGGGAUAAUGACAGAACUUAUUCAAAAGUGUCUAGUGCUGUUGAUAAUAAUGACGAUGAUCAAUUUCUUGUUACUCGUUCUAGAUACAAUCGUAGGAUACCAUCAACAAGAUUUAACACCACUGUAUUUCCAUUGCUCAUUCUGUUUGUUAUAGGGCUAGCCAGCCUUCUAUUUGCCUUCCUCGUCAUAUCGGUGAACGGCGCUCCAAUGAGCCUUGGGGAGAAAAGGAUGACUUCACAGGAAAAGUGGCGGUCACCUUGUGGUGAAGCUGGUCAAUCAUCUGUAGACUAUGAGGGCGAUCAGGACGUAGAACAAAUAAGUGACAAACAACUUAUGGUUCAAAUUUCCAUGCAAGCAAGAACGGCCCUAUUGCAUGCCGAACUCUUUUUAGGAACUUAUGUAAAGCUUACAUUUAACAGCGAUCUAGAGACAAUGCAAUCAGAAUGGAAAAAGAGUCGCUAUGAUUGGCUACCCUCUUUUAAUGAAAUUCCAAAACACUUUAAAGAAGUAAUGGAACAAAAGUACCUGGACCAAUUCGAUGUUCGUCUGCUUGACACUAUUUUGUUAAAUAUAUACGAGUAUAUGCAAAAAUUUGCAGUGGGUCUAGAGCAAAUUGUCUGGGAUCAGGAAUAUUAUAACGGAAGAUUCCAAGAGGAGUUCAAACAGACCGAAUUAAAUCUCGGAGCGGUUCUGUGUAUGCUGCAAACAGCCCUUGUUGAGAGAGCAGUCACAUUUAAACAGGACGUAUCGCCAGCAAUAAUGAAUCAUGAAUAUCGAAAAAUGACAGCCGAGACGUAUCGAAAUUUACGUGAUUUUCUCAUUUUUCGAGACUACGUGAAUGGACUCGAAUUCAUUCUACAGGUGUUUGAUCAUUUACAAUCGAAAUUAACAUCCUGAGGUCAACAAGGCGAAAGCUGGCGCAGGGUAUCGAGGCGACGAUUCAUCAAUUUCAGAAAAUCCGGAUAAAUCCAUGAGUUGUGAAAUAAGAAGAAAAUAUAAUUUUCCUCUCGUGAAUUUUGCAAAACAACAUUUUUUUUCCCCAGGGACACACUUGCAAUAUUUUCAUAUUAUCCUUCCUCCCCCCUCUUGAUUAAUAUAUAUAACAGAAAAAAAAAGAAAUUUUAUUUCUUCUUAAAAAUAAAAUUUUCUUUUUUUUUUUUUUUUAGUCAAAAUAUUGAAUAAUGGACAAAGAAAACAUGAUCAACAAACAAAAAUUUCGCACAUGUCCAGAAAAAUUAUUUUUCAAUCAAGAUGAAUCGUGAAGCUAAUCAUUUUUCUCAAAAAAAAAAUAUGAGGAAGUGUAUUGCACUCGACUCUUAUCUUGUCAUUGAUAACGAAAAAAAAAAAUUAGAAAAACUGCGACGAUGAGUGAAAGAAGAAAUUUGAAGAUUAUGUUCACUUCAUUUUGAUACCAUUUGGAUGGUAUUAAGGAAAAAGUUUAAAAAAAAAAAUUUCCAUUUUUCAAUGAUAUAUUGCUUAACGUAUAGUGGAUUUUGACCGAGGAAUGACGUGGCUUCGAGU